AUGGCUCAAAAGCCCAUCCUCAUAUCUGGCGCCGGUCUCGCGUCUCUUCUCCUUGCGCGUUCCCUGUUGCGUUCCAACAUCCCCUUUCAAGUCUUUGAGCGCGAUGCAUCCCUCUCCUUCCGCGGCCAAGGCUACCGACUACGUCUCUCUUUGGAGGGAUUGGACGCAAUCGAGUCCGUCCUCGAUCCCGCUGCAUUCCAACGGUUCUACGAUCACUGUGGGAAGACAGGCGGUAGCGGGUUCGUGGGCUUAGAUGCCAUUACAGGGGAAGUAGUGGAGGAGCAGAGAAUCAAUGAAAACCUGAAUUCGCGCGGCGGGAAAAUCGUGGGGAUUGCCCGCGGCGAUAUGCGGCGUCUGUUUAUGGAAGGAUGCGAAGAAUGUGUGCAUUUCAACAAGCAUGUCAAAGGAUAUGAGUUGACGGACGAUGGCGUCCGAGCCGUCUUUGCUGACGGCACGAAAUCCGUGGAAGGAUCCCUCCUGGUUGCCGGGGAUGGCAUCAAAUCAAUUGUGGCCAAGCAGGUGUCUGGCGGCCGCCUCAAGGUUUACGACCUCGGUGCACGAGGCAUCCACGGACAAGCACCGACGACAGCUUUUAGAUCUCUUGGUGAAGGUGUCUUUCGAAUCGUUGAUGAGUCGCACCCAAGGGGUCGGGUCUCCCUGAUCACCAACGUUCGUCCAAAUGAUAUGGAUAACCCCGAUGUGGAGUUCGGGUGGACCAUGACUGGCGUGCCUGGUGUUAUUGUACCCCCUAAUGACGAUUAUACCAUCGUCGGCAAGACGGCAGCCGAUAUUGCCAAGUCGCUUACCAAAGACUGGCAUCCUCGCUUCAAGCCUUUGUUCGACCAGAUGAAUGAAAAGGAAGCCGCCUUUUGGAAGCUGACAUGUUCAACACCGACCGGCGUGCCUGAAUGGCCGAAUGAGCCUCGGGUCACGGUCAUUGGUGAUGCCGCUCACGCGAUGACGCCUGCUGGUGGCAUAGGCGCCAAUACUGCCGUGAGAGACUCGGCUUUGCUAGGAAGACUGUUAGGCGAGGCUGGUGGAUAUAAUGACGGCAUAACGGCAGCUUAUGAGAAGGAAAUGAGGGUAUAUGCCAGUGAGGCCGUCAGAUCAAGCUAUGGCAUGGCAACCAAGGCAUUCAGCGUCCACAUUGAUGAAUCAUCUCAGACGGUAUAA